CUUCAGUUUGAUAAAGAAGGAGCUGCUGAAUCCUUCAUGUCCAUGGUUCAAGGUUUUUUCACAUUGUUCAUCCGUUACGAUACCUACCUCAGUACAGACCUUCAUAACAUAGACACAAAAAUUGGAACUGAACUCUGGAGUUUUGGGCCUUUGGAGUAUGUUUAUUAA